GAGAGAUUAUAAGGGGAAAAGUGGGAUCCUCUUAAGGCAAUUGAAAUGAUUCACUCGGCUCUGUGAUUCAUCAGCUAGUUCCCCUUCAAAAGCCUGACGCUUGGAUGACCAAUAUAUAAAUCCCUUGUUUCAGAAAAUGGAGGUUAUACUAAGAGAAUAACAAAAGUUCUUGGUUUGUUUGUUUUUACAAACUGAAAAAUCUAUUAUGGUGUAAAGUUUUCCUCCUUUAGUGAAGGCAAGGGUCCUUUCGGUAGCUGCAUUGGCACGGAUUCAGCCUUUCAUCAUUUUUUCAGAGUCUACAAGCCAGCUCACUGAGUUUCCUGAUGACCAACUAGCUCUAAAUGCUAGCAACACUGAAAGGAUGUUAGAUUGGUUCAAAAAGUGCCUCUGACUCACAAAAUACUCCUAAAAUCACCUCGCUGCUGUCUUCUCCUUGGCAUUUAAAACCUCUUGCACAGGAGCGCCCAAAUUUAGUUGUAUUAGCAUGCCAGCCAGGGAGAGCUCUGCUGCGAUCACUUAAUCCCCUCCUUUGGGCUUUUGCUUCGGGGGCUGCCUUGAAAAAGAACCCUUCCAGGUAUCAUUGUUGGAGUGACAUGCGUUAAGCCAGCUUGGAAACCUGCCCUCUAGUAGUACUGUUGCAACUUUGAAGUUGUGCAACACCUUUAGCAAAUACUUCCUCAUGCGAGGGCAUGAAUAAAACUGGAGCACUCAUUACUUGCUUCUCAGAGUCAACCAGAGAGCAGCUCAGGUUGGCUGGAAAGCAGAAGGAGAUUCCUUGUCCGCCAGCCAAAUCCAGGAUCCAAAAUGAUCCAAGCUCUCUUGGUUGCUAUAUGCUUAACAAUGUUUUCAUACCAAGCGAGCUCUGCGAAGGACUCCUGGAAAGUUAAGGAUUAUGAAGUAGUUUAUCCACAAAAAGUCCAUGCAUUACACAAGAGAGACGUAGGAGACGCUCAGAAGCCUGACAAAAAAACUAAGUAUGAUGAUACCAUGCAAUAUCAAUUUAAAGUGAAUGGAGAGCCAGUGGUCCUUCACCUAGAAAAAAAUAAGGAACUUUUUUCAAAAGAUUACACUGAGACUCAUUAUACCCUAGAUGGCAGAGAAAUUACAACAAGCCCUCCAGUUGAGGAUCACUGCUAUUAUAACGGUCACAUCCAGAAUGAUACUGACUCAACUGCAAGCAUUAAUGCGUGUCAUGGUUUGAAAGGGUAUUUCAAGAAUGAUGGCGAGAAGUACCUUAUCGAACCUUUGCAGCUUUUCAACAGUGAAGCUCAUGCACUCUUCAAAUAUGAAAGUCUGGAAAAAGAGGACGAGACCCCCAAAAUCUGUGGGGUAACCAACACUACUUGGAGAUCAGAUGAGCCCCUCAAGAAGACCUCUCGGACGAGCAUGAACGCUGAAAAAAAGGAAUACUUGCAGGCCAAAAAACACGUUGAGCUUUUUAUAGCUGCAGACAACAGAGUGUUCAGGAAGUACAACCGCAACAUGACUGCUAUAAGGACGAGAGUAUUUGAUAUAGUCAACUAUAUAAAUAUGGUUUAUAAAGUUUUGAAUACUCACAUAGCAUUGGUUGGCUUAGAAAUUUGGUCCGAUGAAGAUAAGAUUAGUGUCAACGAAACAGCAGGUGUCACUUUGAGCCGCUUUUCGACAUGGAGAGAGUCGGUUUUGCUGAAGCGCAAAAGGAAUGAUAAUGCUCAGUUACUCACGGGUAUUGACUUCAGUGGACCAACUGUAGGAUUGGCUUUUGUCGGUACCAUGUGCAGUUCUUCGUAUUCUACAGGGGUUAUUCAGGAUCAUAGCAGGAACCCAAUUCUUAUUGGGUCAACAAUGGCCCAUGAGAUGGGUCACAAUUUUGGCAUGGAACAUGACACAAAUAUGUGUACUUGCAACAGUGGCACAUGCAUUAUGACUGCCCACCAAAGCUAUAAACCUCCCCAUGAGUUCAGUUCUUGCAGUUUCCAGGAAUAUCAGAAGUAUAUCUUGCAAGAAACCCCACAAUGUAUCAUCAACAGACCCACAAGGAAAGAUAUAGUUUCACCUGCAGUUUGUGGGAAUGACUUUGUGGAGGUGGGAGAAGAAUGUGACUGUGGUUCUCCAAAGGAGUGUAAAAAUGAAUGCUGCGAUGCUGCAACCUGUAAACUGAAACCUGAGGCAAAAUGUGCACAUGGGGAGUGUUGUGAGAACUGCCAGCUUAAGAGAGCAGGAGCUGUAUGCCGGGCAGUAAAGCAUGACUGUGACUUGCCUGAACUGUGCACUGGCCAGUCUGCUCAGUGUCCCUUGGAUCGCUUCCGUAUCAAUGGACACCCAUGCCAAAACAACCAAGGUUACUGCUACAUGGGGAAGUGUCCCACCUUGGCAAACCAAUGUCAUGCUCUCUGGGGGCCAGGUGGGAAAGUGGCUGCAGAUACAUGUUAUGGAGUCAAUCGGAAAGGGCUUUAUUAUGGCUACUGCAGAAAAGCAAAUGGUACAUACAUUCCAUGUAACCCAAAGUCUAUAAAGUGUGGCAAGCUAUAUUGCGUAGGUGGUAAAGAGAUGCCCGUAGGUGGAAGCCUGGUGGAAUUUGGAUCAUGCAGAGCCAGUUUUGCAAAAGGAAAGGAAAUAGAUGUUGGAAUGGUUGAUCCUGGAACAAAAUGUGAAGAAGGAAUGGUCUGCAACAACGGGCAGUGUGUUGAGAUAGAAACAGCCUACAGAUCGACCAACUGUUCCCACAAAUGCACAGGACACUCGGAAUGUGACCAUGAACUGCAGUGCCAAUGCAAAGAAGGAUCAACACCUCCUUACUGUGAUGACUCCACCGGAAAUAAAUAUAUCAUCAUCAUUGUUGUAACUGUAGUAGUCUCAAUAGCCAUAGCCAUCCUCCUGGCAGUUCUCUUCGGCUGCUAUAUUUUAAAGAAGAAACAAAGAGAGAGCAUUCACAAAAGUGCACCUGCAGCCACAAAUCCUCCUUUCUCUGGUCCAGAUCAGAAGAGGAAACAGCAUCUUGGUCCAGUGUCCAAUGAUCGAGAGAUAAAUUCUUCCCGAUUUCUCCUCCCUUGCCCGAUUCCAUUCCAAGCAAGUACACCAGAAGUCCAUGUCAAAACCCCAGAUGAUCCAUUAAGACACAAAUAUGAAAAUGCCAGAAUGCCCAUUGUGAAACCAAAUAUCCCUCCACCUCCUGUUCCAACGGCAAAAUCCACCAUAUAUCCAACUAUGACAAAAAUCAUGAAUCCAGCUCCUUCUUCUCGACUUCAGUCUAAACCACCUCCCCCUCCCCCUCCACCGCAGGCGCUGAAACCCACUAAAUAAUCUGAGUGUAUGAAACAAAACAAGAAUCAGAAAUAAUACCGAUUCUCUGAUUUCCAAGAAGACCUUUUCCAUUUUCUCAGUUUCCAUAUCUGCAAAGGACAACUGAUGGUGACUUCUUUCCACAAGUCUAAGGCUUCCUCUGUCUUUUAAACUUUGGGGACAGCAUCCCCUGUAGUAAAGAUGGGAACUGAUAGGAAGAUCUUCAGCGUUCCUCCAUUAUAUCCUUGGAUAUCAAAUGGGGAAAUCCUAGCAGAGUUGGGAUGAUAUUGUGAAUUGUGAACCGAGCCAAAAGAUUGCGUAGAAGCAAAUGAUGCCUCCAUAGGAGAUUUAAACAUCCAUCACUGCCAAUUGUGGACAAAAUCAAAACUAAUGAAAUAUUUUUUUGAUGCUUGCUGCAAGUGGAAACAGAAACUGUCCCUGCCUACUGAAUUAAUCACUUUAUUCUCUUGGAGUACAAAAUGACUGAGUCUUGUAUGAUGCCACCAGAUUCUUUGACAUAAGUGAAGGCAGAUCUCUUUGAACCUUCUCUCUACCUGUGCAAACAAAGAAGCAGAGAUGAGACUUAGGAACUCCAGUGGCUAUUGUGUAUUGCUCAAGGACUUUUCAAGGUACUAUUAUAUUAGCUCUGCCAACCUUUUUCACCAGAUUCUGCUCCUUUUCCCUAAGGCUACAUGUAACCUUUGGCUUAAUUUCAAAAGCCAUUGGCAAGCGAUCCUCUCAGGCUUCUAGUAGAGAUAUUUAACCCUUUUUGGAUGUUGCUUGAGAGAAAAGGAAUACUUUAAAAAAAGUACAAGAGAGAUAAAGAAGUGGAAUUCCUGGUGCUUUUUGUCUCUGGUCAGCCUUGACCAGUUUACCUAGGACAUUUGCAGUCCAGUGGUCAAGAUAAUGGCUCUGAUCAUGCCAUUGAAGCUCCCCCCUUUUUACAUAGGUGCAUUAAAAGAGGCAGGGCAUUAAUGGCAUGGCUACAGCUUUCAUCUUGACUUUUUGAUUCCCCUCCCCCUGGAUACCCCUGAGUAUAACUCUAAAGGUUCUAGCUCAGGGGUGCCAUUCAGCAGGUUCUGACAUUUGUUCUUUAGUAUUUAAAAGGAAAGUGACAGAGACAGAGAUAGAAACAGACAUGAAGAGCUAAUAACUCUAAAUGGUAGAAGGAAUUCAUUAUUAGCAUUUGAAUAAUGCUAAUUAUUCAAUUAUUCAAGGAGCAUCUGAGAUCUCCUUGGAGAUCAUUUUAAGUACUUACUUUUUGUUACAUUACAAUUUUUAAAAAAAGCAUUUAAAUGCUUAGAUCUUUCAAGGACCUUUUCAUCAAGCAGCCAAAUAGUCCAUGGAUUAAAAUGAUGAGAAAGGUUAGGAGGCAGGAUUGCAGAAAGCAAUGCAAUGUUCUUUUUUUAAAAAAAUGUGCUACUCUUUGAAAAAGUCAGCUGUGAGACUAAGGGAGAUAUCGGGACAGGUGCAAUAGGGACCAAAAGAUGUAAUGUGAUUUGAAAAAAAUAGGUCAAGGAACAGAACCAAAAGUAUAUAAUUUUGUCGAUUUUUUAAAAUUCUUUUUUUGUGUUUUAAAUAAGGCCGCUUCUGAACUCCGCCACAUCUAAAACUCUUUCUGAGUUUGUUAAGCUUUUGAAUGACUGAUCCUGUCUGUGAUUUUCCAUUGUAUUUUUGUGUGGAAGAGGAAGUAACACUGUUUGCUCAGUUUUCACUUCAUUCAUGUUUCUUCCUCCUCCCUUCUUCAUUUUGCACAUGAAAAAAAAAAAACACUGCCAAAAAAAAAAACAA